AUAGUAGUAUUAGACUUGUUUUGUUUAACUGACACGCAGAGUGUAACCAAGAUUCUCCGACAUCAAAGCUAGCAACUUUUGCAUCCAACUUCGUAUCCUCAUCGUACCUUGUUACCGAUUCCAUAUACUGGAUGGAGAAUCGGGUCUCUGAUUAAAAGCGGGAACAUAAUUUUCUCUGUUCUGGAAUCUGCGUUCUUUUUUAUUAAUAAUUGAGUCUCAGGUGUUCGACGAAAUGUCAAACCGAGUUUGCAUAAAAAAAGGGUAUUUGCCACUAAUGGGUGUGAAGUUUAUGGGCAGACUGGAACACCCAACUCGUUUUCCCAUGUGUGUUCGAUCCAAAACAACGUCUGCUCAGUAUGUAGCAUCGAGAUUUCGAGACCCCACGUUUGAGAAACUCAUGGACAACUACAAAAACCUUGUUAAGGUCAUUUCCAUUCAAGACCUCAUCCUUGCAAACCCAAAGAACCAAUCAGUCUCCAUUGAUUUCCUCUCGAAGCUCUCUCAGAAGCUCCACUUAAACCGUGGGGCCACUGCCUUCCUCCGCAAGUUUCCUCACAUCUUCCACAUUUACUAUGAUCAUUCCAAGUUGAAGCCCUUUUGCCGGUUAACUGACGCUGCUCUAGGUGUUACACGGCAGGAAGCGGUGGCCAUCAAUGCUUCUUUGCCUGUUGUUGUUGAAAGGCUUGUCCGGAUACUAUCCAUGUCAGCAUCCAGAAUGGUGCCUCUUAGAGCUGUUUUUAAGGUUUGGAAGGAGCUUGGGCUGCCUGAUGAUUUCGAGGACUCUGUUAUAUCUGCUAAUUCUGGUGUUUUUCAGCUGUGUGAUGGCCAUGAACAGAAUACUCAUUUGUUGAAGCUGGUUGAUGGUGUUUCCAGAAAUGGCAUUAGGGCGGCUGUUGAGGAUUGGAGGGUUGUUGAGUGCUGCAAGGAGGACUGCAGUGUUGAUAGGACGGAAAUGCAGUUCAGUUUCAAACAGGGGUAUCCUCCGGGGAUGAGGUUGAGCAAGAAUUUCAAGGCCAAGGUGAAGGAGUGGCAGAGGUUGCCUUAUGUGGGGCCUUAUGAAGUGCCGGGUGAGAAGAAGAAGUCUAAGGCUGGAAUGAUGGCCAUGGAGAAGCGAGCAGUGUCAAUUGUUCAUGAGUUCCUGAGUUUGACAGUGGAGAAGAUGGUGGAAGUUGAGAAGAUCAGCCAGUUUAGGAAAUGGUUUGGAAUUGAUUUAAAUAUAAGGGAUCUCUUCUUGGACCACCCAGGGAUCUUCUAUUUGUCAACUAAGGGCAAAAGACAUACUGUUUUCCUGAGGGAAGCUUAUGAACGAGGGCGCUUGAUAGAACCAAAUCCUGUCUAUGAUGCAAGAAGACGGCUCCUUGAUCUUGUUGUUUUAGGACGUCGGGGUUUGCCAGCUGUUAAUUCGAAGUUGGAGGAUUCAAGCAGCUGCCACCAGGCUAGACAAGAGGAAAACCAGCAAAGACAUGAUUUGUCACCAUCUUGAUUAAGCUGUCCAGGCAAGAUGAGCAUUUUGUAAACACGGGAACUUGCUUACGAGAUUACAAAACAUUAAUUUCUGUUCCCACUUUGAGGAUGAACAGCAGGCCAAUGGUGAAUUCAAUAACUUCUUUGAUUUCAAUGGUGCCUACAUACCCUGAAGAUAGUGGUAGCUGGUUGGAAUGAUUGACCGUUGAUAUUGGCUCAUUGCUAUUUGUGCUCAUCUCUGUGGCUGAAAGUUCAUAUCCUCAUUGACAUCAAGUGCCUUGGAAAGUUCGGAGAAACAAGCAUCUAAGGAAGAACACGCAAUACCGCUACCAUUCUGGCCAAUUCAUUUUAUUCGUUUUUGCUGUGUUGAUAUAAUUCUUCAGAGUUGAGUUUGUGCAGUUUUUUCAUGUUUGGUGUUAGUAAACUUUUAAAUCAAAGAAACAUUUGGAAUCGGAGAAUAUAGAAUAAUCGAUCUUCCUUCAA